AUGAAUCCGGGAGAGUUCGCCAACCCGGGCGCGGGACCUGGCCGGCCAGCCCUGCCCGUUGGGAUGAGGCCUAUGAAGGCGAACAUGCAACCACAGAAGAAUGAGAAUAUACAGGCUAUUAUGAACCAUGUCGCCUCAGUAAUACAAAAUCAGGGACCUCAUGGUGGUUGGAAGGCCACGGUCCAGGUAAAGGACCGCGCCAUGCACAUUUAUCAAAUGAUCUCUUCCCUUCGUCUUAUUCAACCUAGCAUCGGUCUCAGCCAAGCAGCCCAGGCGGCCAUGAGUUUUGAGUCGAAAGCCUUCUCCAAAGCCAAUGAACGAGAUGAUUAUGAGAAGGAAUGCACCGAAAAGCUUCUUCACAUUAAAGACACACGAGAGAGACAAGCCGCGGUCGCCUACCAAACUGGAAUGAUGCCCCAGACGGGCGCUGUCCAAAAUCAGAUACCUGUCGGUUUCCCGCAACAAAUGAAUCAGAACAUGCAAAACUCCCCUGUUCCCGGCCAGAACCAAAUGGCAAUGGGAAUUAAUAAUGCUGCCCUCCAGCAGCAGCAACAGCAGCAGCGACAACAGCAACAGUCUCAGGCGAUGCUUCAGCAACAGGCGCAACAACAACAGCGCACCCAACAACGACCUCGAUCAUGUCUCUCGACUGGCAAACGAAAUGCUGAGCAAGACUUCCCCGAAGACAUGGAAAAGAUCAAGCUGAACUUGUCAAACAUGACCCCCGAACAGCGUCAAUAUCUGGCAAGAAAAAAUCUUGAUCCGAUGACCUAUUUCUUCCGCUCUCAGGCGCUCGGUCAGAUCAGACGUCAUCGUCGCGCCCGUGCAGAAAUGGGACGCACUCAAAACGCUGGAAUGGACCCCAAUAGCAAUAUGAUGGGUGACCCCAUGAUGAAUUCCCAACAGCAGCGACAGGCGUUCCAGAAUAUGCUGAACCUUCAGCGUAAUAAUGCAUUCCCUGGUAACCCUGGCCAGUCGAUGGAGCCUCCGAACUUCAUGGGCAACGUGGAAAACAUCCAAGGACAGCAGGCAGAUGGCCUACGCUCACAAGAAGCUGGCCAGCUAGUGGUUCCUGCAAGCUCAUCGCAAAUGAACCAGGCACCAUUCCCAAACAACAACCACAAUAACAUGUUCCCGCAACAAAUGGGCCAGAAUGGCCAGGCAAACAUGAACAGCGACAAUGUCGCCCAGGCCCAAUUUCUUGCUCAGCAGCAGCAUAUGCAAGGUGGCUCCAAUGUUCCCCAGGAUCGAAUGCAGUUCCAGGCCCAGGCCCAGGCCCAGGCUCAGGCGCGUGCACAGGCGGCUCAGAAAGCUCAGAUGGCAAUCUCAGGUCAAGGUGGCCAGGCAAACCCCCAGGGACAGUCACAACUCACUGGCCAGAGUCCCGGCAUGCCGAUGCUGAACCAACCGAUGGCACCCGGUCAGAUGUCGCCAGUUCAGGUUCCUGCUCAAACGCGACCACCCUCCCGUCCCCCGAACAUGGGUCAGCACCCGGGUGGUGUUCAAGGACAGGCUGCAAUGCAAGGUCGUCCACAAAUUCCUCCCAAUAUCCCGCCACAUGUCCGAGAACAACUUGCCCGUAUGACCCCAGAACAGGCCCAAGCUUUCAUUUUGAACCAACAGCGUCGGGCUGCUAUUGCAAGCAAUAUGGCUCGGAAUCCCGCCCAACAACACGGCUCUCUACAGCAAAACCAAACCCAGCCAGGCCAACCCCAGCAGAUGAUUAAUAAUCAAAUGGGCAAUGCCAUGAUGAGAGGCUCGAUGAACGUCCCUCAGGAUUUGAACCCCGGGGGACUACCCCAAGGCCAGCAGCUGACCCCGCAGCAGCGUCAACAACAGCAGAACGAAAUGUUCAAGCUCCAAAUGCUGCGACAGCAAAAUAAUGGAGUGGAGAUGACCGCUGAUCAGAGCAAGCAAAUGGACCGUGUGGCGUUCCCACCGUCGAUUUUGAACAUGAACGGCACCUCAAUGCAAGUACCUAAGAACAUCAAGAAUUGGGGCCAACUCAAACAAUGGGCUGCAUCAAACCCUGGAGUUUCAAGACCUAAUGAUGUGUCCCGGCUUAUGAUGCUCCAGAAGCUUCACCUGGGUCAAUUGCUUUCAUCUGGUACCGGUCUAGUCAAAGACCCGAAUACUCCAGCUCAACAGUCAACCCCCUUCCAGAGUACUCAGAACCAAUUUCCGAACCCCCAGGGCUUCCCUGUCGCUCGUCAGAAGCUGGGACCCCAGUCAGCCAACUUCAGUGAUGAACAGAUCCGCGAAAUCUUGCACCGGAACCGUCAAAGGCAAUUACUGCAGGCCGCGCAAAGCCGAGCCAUGCAAAUGGAAGGAAACAUGCCGCCUGGGCAGCAAGGCCAACUCACAACGCAACCUCCGUUCCCCACAGCCCAAGCUGUCCCUCAACCUAAACCACAAGCUCCUCAGCAGACACAGCAGCCUACAGACCCACAAUCAUUGAACGCAAAAUCCCAAGCCACGGCUACAGCCAAAAAUGCCAAGGCCGUUACCGGGAAACAGGCGUCAAAGAAGCGACCCAGCACAGAUGAUACUGCUGACGCCAGAGCCAUGGCUACUCCCCAACAGAGUCAGCCUGCAAUGGCUCCGGGUGCAGGGACUGGCCCUUCCAGGCCAGGACUCCCAUUCACGCAAGAACAGCUUUCACAAAUGACUCCCCAGCAGCGAGCCCAGGUGGAUGCGCACAUUUGGAGGCAACAACAGGCUCAACCCAAAAUUCUUAGCAGAGCUGCCGCCGAGGAAGCGUGGAACAAGAACCUGCCACCUCAAGUCAUGGAGGUUUACAAUGAGAUCUCCAAGGCCGCCCCACCUGCGAAGCCGCUGCCCAUCAGUCCAGAGGACAAGAUCUCAAUGACAAACCAACUGCGUGAAUCCUUGCAGGUUCUUGGUCGGUUGGAUGCUCUGGUGCAAUGGUAUGCGAAAGUGCCUGGCCAGGAGAAAAACGUCAGAAAUCUUCUCGCUAUGCGCAUCCAACUAAUGAGACAGUUCAAGCCUUCGCAAGAUUGGGUUGUUAAUGAUCAUUUCACAAUCACCAAUGAUUAUCUUCACGGCGCUGUCAUGUUCAUGAAAAGGCUGUUCCAGUUGAUGCUUACCCGUAUACAACAACAGAGCCAGCGUUCCAACGCCUCUCAACCUCCUGCUUCCACCGCGCCAACUGCCCAAGGCAACAUGCCUGCACUGAAUGCCACCAACUUGCAACAGUUGCAGGCACAGGAAGAAGCUCUCCAACGAGCUCGGCGCGCCUCGAGUCAGUCUGCUACCGUUCCACCUGCGCCUUUCGGUGCUCCAUCUCCAUCAGGAGUCCCUCAUGCCUAUGGCCCAGGAGGACUUGCCCCCGAAAACCUUAAAUUGCCUCCCCGAAAAGACGGAAGCACCGCGAAGUACAACAAAGCAGUCGCGGAUGCCAAAUCGACAGCUGCAGCGUUGGCCGGUGCUUUCAAGUGCAGCGUGGUCGAAUGUCAACACCACUACCAAGGAUUCCCCACCCAAGUGGCCUUGGACAAGCACGUUGAGGAAAAUCAUCAACCCGAGGAGGAGGAAGUCAUCGAUGACUACCUCAAAUAUUACCAUGAAAGCAUUUCGAUCGGUUUGGGAUUGAAUCCCAACGACUCUCAAGUCCCACAGGUCGCCACAGCCGGAUUCGCACCACUUUCCACCAAGCUCAGCGCUGCGGCUUCUCCUGCGAAACAAAGCAUUGCUACUCCUGUCCUUGGCAACAUGACUCCUAUGGCCCGAGUCACCAGCCAACUCGGAGGCAAGACCGCAUCUCCUUCUACAUCAACCCAGCUGCUCACCCCGCAGCAGUCUGCUAAGGGGGUAAAGUCUGCUGGCAAGGAUGGAAAGAAGGAUGCUGGUAAGUUUGGUUUGGAGGAUAGCGAGCAAAAGGACCCAUGGGCGGACUGUCCCACUUCGCUUGACGCCCUCCAUGACACCUUCUCGAACCUGGCGAGCAAGGACUUGCCUCACCUGGGCUACGACCCGCUUGAGGACUUCAAUAUCAACGAAGCCACCCCAGAGGAUGAUUGGCUCGCCCUUGGUACUCUCACUCCUCCUGACGAGGUCGACCAAGCCACCUUCAUGGAUAAAUUCUAUGAACCCUGGGAUGAGGAGUCCAUUGCAUUGGCUGCGGCCACAAUCCGCAUUCCGCCCGAUAUUCAAGUCAAGAGCGAAGGCUCUAUGGGUCAACUUGAAGUUGAUUGGGAUGCCGUUGCCCGUUACGACAAGGAGGGCAUUCCCAUUCCCACGACUUGA